UAAGACCAGACUAAUCUACACCCUCAGUGAACUUUUAAAAUCUUCUGCAGCUGCAGGGAAGUCAACAUUUGUCAGGCUACUAGAGAAACACAGCGAUGAGUGGGAGAUCAUCCCUGAGCCCAUCGCCAAGUGGUGCAACAUCCAAACAGCUGAAGAUGAGUACGAGGAACUUUCAACAUCUCAGAAGAGUGGAGGAAAUCUGCUUCAAAUGCUGUAUGAUAAACCCACAAGAUGGGCUUACACAUUUCAGACUUAUGCUUGCUUGAGCCGAGUAAGAGCACAAUUAAAACCUGUCUCAGCCAAGCUACAUGAAGCAGAACAUCCAGUGCAAUUUUUUGAGAGAUCCGUUUACAGUGACAGAUAUGUAUUUGCUUCUAACCUGUUCGAGUCUGGAAACAUUACUGAAACAGAGUGGGCUAUUUACCAGGACUGGCACACAUGGCUUUUGAAUCAGUUUGAAUCAGAUAUAGAACUGGAUGGCAUGAUCUACCUAAGAACCACACCUCAGAAAUGCAUGGAAAGGCUACAGAUGAGGGGAAGAGAAGAGGAGCAAGGAAUUGAGCUUGAGUAUUUGGAAAACCUCCACUAUAAACAUGAAGCCUGGCUUCACGAAAGGACUAUGAGAGUUGAUUUUGAGAACCUUAAAGAGAUUCCCAUUCUAGUUUUGGACGUUAACGAAGAUUUUAAGAAUGAUAAGAUUAAACAGGAGUACCUGAUUGAUAAGGUCAAGUCUUUCCUGAGUUCUUAA